AUGCCCUACCAGCCAUCGAUAAGUAGGUUUUUUAAGUCUAAUUCGAAAUUAUCGUCCUCUUCAAACGGUUCGAAAGGCGCUCAAAAUGAUCAAAUUUCUAGCGAGAAACCAGAAUCAGAUGAAUCGAAUCAGGCAGUAGUUGAUCUCACAAAACCACCUGCGUAUAGGCCAGAGGUGUCUAUGAAUUUGAUGGCCAGUAGGUCGGCGCUUGGCGAAUACUCGUUUUUACGCCGGAAAAAUGCCAAUGACACAUCCAAAAGUGAGUCUUUACCAGCUCGCAAUUCGGAUGCGUUUUCUAAAAAAGUCUCUGAUGCGCUUUUGAAAAGAUCUGCAGGGGCAAUUGAGACACCAAGCGAGACUGAAAAUACAGAUGGAGGAUCACACGGCCCUCCACCGGAAAAAAAACCGAAAUUUGGCAAACUAACGCCGCUGGACCAGCAGGUUAAAGACCUCAAAUUGCAACAUAUGGACAAAGUACUUGCCAUCAGAGUUGGCUACAAGUACAAGUUUUUCGCUAUGGACGCCGUUAUGGUCAGUAAAAUCCUCCAAAUUAUGCUAAUAAAAGGUAAGCUGACGUUAGACGACUCGAAUCCACAGGAUCGUCACUACAAGCAAUUGGCGUAUUGCAGUAUUCCAGAUAACAGGCUUCAAGUUCAUUUACAGAGACUACUUCAUCACAAUUUAAAGGUGGGUGUAGUUGAACAGGUGGAGACCCAAGCAAUCAAGAAAGUGACCGGAAGCUCUAGUGGCGUUUUCAAAAGACAGGUGGAUAAAGUGUUCACCAAAGCCACCUUCGCAAUCAAUGAAACAUUCAGUCGGACAGAUAUAGAUCACAAAGAGGACCUUAACACUAUCUGGACAAUACGCAUCGAUGAAGAUCCGCGACUCACCCAUUACUGGCUGUUGUCUGUUCAAUUAACCAGUGGAGAAAUUAUAUAUGACAGCUUUAGUGACAUGCGGAACUCUACCAUAGAGCUCGAUAAGAGAGUUUCUUACCUCAAACCUGUCGAAAUAGUUUCUUCCAAAAAGCUGCCCGAACCGACCACGCGGUUUCUCAAAUCCCGACAGCCUGAGGUUCAGAUUUUCGAUCAAGACAGCCUUAUCCCCGAAGACACAGACGCCGCGGAUCUGAGCUCUUUCAAUUUGACACGCGAAAUUUUAGACUUGAGAGCAUUGAUGCGAAGAUACCUGGAGACUUACAACACCGAAAAGAUCGUUGACCUCCCACACAACUUUAAACCAUUCAUCUCGAAGAUCCACAUGGUGCUUUCUCCAAACACGCUGGAAAGUCUCGAGAUUUUUGAGAAUCAAACCGAUCAAACUCGACGUGGAUCACUAUUGUGGCUACUUGAUCAUACAAGAACACCAUACGGCUACAGGCUGUUACGGGACUGGACCUCUAAACCACUCAUUGAUAGAGACGCUAUCGAUAGAAGAUUAGACGCCAUUGAAUGUGUCAAAGAAGAGAUCACCAAUAUUUUUAUGGAAGGUCUCGGAAACGUAUUGAAGGAUACCCCAGACUUUUUGAGAAACUUGAACAGAAUAUCUUAUGGUCAAACAUCAAGGAAGGAGCUAUACUUCUUUCUGAAGCACCUUGAUAUAAUCUCUAAACACUUUCAAAGUCACCACUUUUAUUUCCAAGAACAGGUCAUUGCACCUGGCGGCAGAGUUCAUGAAAAGUCCAGUUUGGUAGCGUCAUUGCUGACCCAGCUCAAUGACACAUUGAAAGCCAUCGAUGUCACAAAUCUUUUGACCAUGAUAAACGCGGGUGCCGUUCUGGAUAAAGACAAGGAAAAACAGUGCGUUGAGUUUUUCAACCUCAGCAAAUACGAUCAGCCUGAAGCCAUAGUCGCAAAGUUGAACGAUAUCGAGAAUGUCAAACAAGCCUUGAAAAAUGAGUUGGACAACAUCAGACGGCUUUUGAGAAGACCUAGAUUUUUUUUCAGGGAUGAGAUUGAGUAUUUGAUAGAAGUUCGCAACACUCAGCUUGCUGGUCUGCCGAAAGAUUGGAUCAAAGUUAACAGCACCAAAACACUAAGCAGAUUCAGAACACCCGAAACAAGCAAACUGGUAGAGCAGCUCGAAUAUCAUAAGAACGUGUUGACAAUUAUUUGUGAAGAGCAUUUCAAAAAGUUUGUUCGGCGCAUUAGCCUUGAGUACCAUUUACUGCGAGAGCUCAUAGGAAACCUUGCAGUAUUUGAUUGCAUACUCUCUUUAGCUGCAACUUCUUUGAAUCGAAACUAUGUGCGGCCCAAAUUGUUGAAUGACAGACGGCAUGUCAAGAUCAGAAACGGGAGAAACCCGAUAAUCGAGUCGUUAGAUGUGAAUUAUGUUGCAAACGAUGUCUACAUGAGAGAAGACGAGAAUAAACUCAUGAUAAUUACAGGCCCCAACAUGGGAGGUAAGUCCUCAUACAUACGUCAGGUGGCUUUGAUCAGCAUUUUGGCGCAGGUUGGCUCUUUCGUCCCCGCAGACAGCGCUGAACUACCUUUAUUUGAAAGCAUAUUUACUCGCAUUGGUGCUCAUGACAAUCUCAUAAAAGGUGAUUCCACCUUCAAGGUUGAAAUGCUAGAAAUGCUGGAUAUCAUAAAAAACUCAGGAGAGAACUCUCUACUUCUAUUGGACGAGGUAGGCAGAGGAACUGGUACGACAGACGGCAUUAGCAUUUCAUUUUCGAUAAUAAAGCACUUCCUCGGAUUAGAGAAAAAGUGCCCUUUCAUUCUGUUCAUCACCCACUACCCAAUAUUAGGAUCCAUCAGAUCGAAUCUACUCGAUAAUUACCAUAUGGCUUAUAUCGAGGAGAAGCGCCCUGGAGAAAACUGGCCCACCGUCGUUUUUUUGUAUAAACUGAAAAAAGGCUUAGCCAGCGAUUCAUAUGGCCUUAAUGUUGCCAGGCUUGCUAGAAUACCAACGGAGGUUAUUAACAAGGCCUACACAAUUUCUCAGAAAUCAAAGGCCGAAAUGGAAAAUGAGGAACAUUUACAUUUUAUCAGCAUACUCAAGUGUAUCAUUACAGCGAACAACCUAUCACACAAGGAAAAAUUGUCAAGACUGCUCAACAUGGAUGAGGUGAUCCCUUCUUCCUUGCAUUAA